AUGACGUGCGACGUCUGUGAAACCAUCAUCGACAUAUACUCAGCGGGCUUCGAAGAAUGGGAUGAAGAGAUCCUCGGGGAAGUCUCGACGGUGCUGAACAGCAACUGUCCUCAUGCAGAGUCCCUCCGUCGAGCCGCCAACUUUGACAGGCCAAUAGCCGACUUCCCGAAUGAGCUCUUGGCUAUAAAGAAGGAAGGGAAGCAGACGGGUGUCCGGUUGGGGCUGGCUCACUUGACCCCUGAGGAUGAAGUAAUCUUUGAUAAUGUCUCUACGACUUACAUGGACCUUGUUGCACCGAGAGGUUCGGUCGACCACCCAGGACAGGGCAUCUUGCCUGACCCGAAGUGGAUUGAUCUCGAUAUCAUUCGUGGUUGGUUCUCGGCCUGCAAGAAUUCACACCAGUCACAAUGCGGUGAGCCACCUUGGCUGAAAGGAGUCGAGCCUGCCGAUCCCGAAUGGUUCAUCGACGUGGUUGACAACUGCAUUGUAUCUCCUCCAGGAAGGGGAUUGGACUACGUUGCCUUGUCAUACACCUGGGGCCUGGGUCGGAAUCUCAAGAACACAAAGGUUACACUCAACGAGCUGAGACAGCCCGGGGCCCUAUGCGAGCCAAAGUUUGCAAGCCAACUACCAGAGACUAUUCGAAACACCAUAGACAUUGUUAAAUUACUCGGCGAACGAUACCUCUGGGUUGAUGCCCUGUGUAUCAUCCAAGAUGACCCCGUAAGUCUUGGUCGGAAUCUGAACCAAAUGCAGCUUAUUUACGCAAAUUCGACCUUUUGCGUCAUGGCGGCUACUGGAUGUGGCGCUGAGUUUGGACUCCGUGGUCUCAAGGGCCUCUCUCCAGAGAGAGACCUCGGAAUGCGCAUCUACGAUCUGGCAGAUGGCAACAAGUUGAUAGCCAAGCCUCUGUCGCAGGACCCGACUGCCGGGACCAAGUACUCGUAUCAUCAGCGAGGCUGGACCUUUCAAGAGUGGCUCUUCUCCCGUCGACGCUUGGUAUUCAAUCACGGCCCUCUCGUGUGGCAAUGCCAAUGCGCCCGGUGGCAAGAGACAUUCAGCAUUAAUCUAGAAGCUGAUGCUCAGUGGAGUCGAAUGUUUCGAACUAAGGAGUCUGCUCUGGAUCCUUCGCCGAGCAUCUGGGAUUUCAUGUCAAUGGCCUCAACGUUCAACACCAAGGCAUUGACUAUGCAGGAAGAUGCACCGAGAGCUUUUGCGGGGAUACAGGCUAUGCUUCAUCGAGUCCACCCCGGCGGCUUGUUGUAUGGAUUGUCCGAGUUCUUUUUCGACAUGUCUCUGGCUUGGGCAAGUCUCUACUCCAAUAUCCAGAGAAGACAAGGAUCAAACGCCGCGAAUGUACUUCAGGAUGGACUUCCAAGCUGGUCAUGGCUAGGCUGGGAGGGUGAUGUCAACUUUCCUAAAGAUGCCGAAUUUGAAGUCAUGCAGCCGUGGAAUUAUCAUGAGCAAAAGAUUGGCUUUCAGGAGCCCGUCACAGAAUGGUUUACUAUGGCGACGCCGGACUCGACCAGCAGAAGGAGACUUUCGCCAGAGGUUGGUCUACUUGGCUUGGACAUGACGUCGAGCGAACCGAUCAAGGCAGCUCAGGAAAAACGAGAAUACCUGGCAUGGAUCCGCGAGAUUGUUACUUUGUUUUGUGGGUUGAAAGGAUAA